GAAAUGUUUGUCUAGAGAGAUACAUGGUAGUAACUCGUAAAGUGUGAAGCAGCGAGGAGUCAGCUGAUUCGCUUCAUUUGUCUAUGCGUCUGACAUCAUAUGUUCAAAAUGGCGCUCAGUGGGGCCGAUCCGUGGCUUACGGCUUACGAUGCCUGCGAGACAAAAAGAAGAGAAAUUAUGGGCCUCAUCAUGCAACGGAACCAGCACGGGCGGCAGACCGCUGCCUAUGUGCAGACCACUGCCAAGGCACGCCAAAUGAUUCGACAGUACAUUGUGGAUGCAACCAGGCUCCAGGAGGACCUAUCCAGGAAUACACUGUUAAUCACCACUGGAGAGGUGGAGCGGCGCCAAUACAUGGCCAACACGUUACUAAACAAAGGGCGUGAACUUGACGCAUUGCUCAACAGCAAAGCACCUGCACCUGGCCAACCUGGGAGGCAAGAGCUUUUUGGCACUGAACUUUCUAGUGUGAGCGAGGGUGGUUGGAAUGGAGAAGAAACUGAAGCCACACAGAAUCUCAGUGUGGGUGAAAUCAGGCAACAGCAGCAGAGGAUACUUAGAGAACAAGACAAAGGUCUUGAAGGCCUUUCACAUGUUUUGGGUCGGCAAAAAGAAAUGGCCAUUGGCUUCAACGAAGAGCUCAACCUUCACAAUGAGAUCAUUGACGAUAUAUCUGAACACACUGACCGCAUGAGGGAGCGCCUUAUAAAAGAAACAAGAAAUGUAGCUGUAGUGGAUAAAAAGUCUGGAACCUGUUGGUACUGGGUUGUUAUCGUCCUUCUUAUGGUUGCCAUUAUCGUUGUUGCUGCUGUUAAGUUUUGAGCGCAUCUUCGGGUGUUUUGCGGACCCGAGGAUGUUAAUCAGUACGAAAAUCCCGCAGAGCCUAUUGUAAUGUACAUAAGACGCAUAUAUAUACAUGCAGUGUUGCUUUUUAUACUUUAUAUGGUAAUCCAAGAUUUAAGAACCACACCUUGUGCCUGUUUGAAGGCUUGCAAGUUAGUUGACUUUUUUUCACUGUACGCAAUGAAAUAAUAAAUUAUUUUCUUAUGGAA